GUGAGUUACUUUUUUGAGCUAGUUUUAUAGUUUGCAUUUAAAAACAUAGGCCUCCUGUCCCUGCAGCUGUCUGUCUGACACCAGGCCUCUGUCUCUCACUCACAGUGUUGUUGCUUUGCCAAAUCAUCAAGUUCUGAGGCGCAAUCCAUCAGACGGCCUUUAAUUACAUCUGAUGUGAAAAGUCCUGGUCAAUACUUUCCAACAGGCCAUGCUAAAUAAAGAAAUCAAUAAGCUGCUGGAUGUUGGCGAGAGUGGGACAAGAGGAGGAGGAGUCAGGGUGCUCCUGCGAUGACGGUCAGAACAAUGUUCAACAAAUCUAUGGGACGAGCCGGUGCUGAGAUUUGACAUUUGAAAAUCUAAAUGUCCGAUAUUUAGUUACUUGUGAACUAUCAGACUGCAACCCGUGACCUUUGAACCUGUUGCAGGAUGAGUGCUAUUGAGAUACCGGCUGGUUUGAAGGAACUGCUGCAGGGAUACACGGUGGAGGUGCUUCGCUGCAGGCCGCCAAACUUGGUCGAGUUUGCAGUGCAGCAUUUUACACAAAUUCUGGAGGGCCAGAGAAAUGAUCAGAGAGUGAAGAAGCACAGCGCCAAACCUGCGCGGAGAGGAGUGACCUUUGAGACCAAGACAAAUGAGGUCAACAAGGACGAGGACGAGGAGGAAGAAGACACAGUUAAGUCCACCACCGGUAAAUACAACCGCAGGGUUUCAGUUUGUGCAGAGGCGUACGACCCCGAUGAUGACGAGGACGAUGACGCGGAGCCUCGGGUCGUGUAUCCAAAAACAGACGAGCAGCGUCGCAGACUUCAGGACGCCUGCAGAGACAUUUUACUGUUUAAAACUCUGGAGCAGGAGCAGUUCUCUGAGGUUUUGGACGGCAUGUUCGAGGUGUUGGUCAAACCGCAGGAACACAUCAUAGACCAAGGAGACGAUGGAGACAAUUUCUAUGUGAUAGAGAAGGGCGUGUAUGAUAUUUUAGUGGAGAAGGACGGAGCGAGUGUGUGCGUUGGGAAGUACGACAACAAGGGAAGUUUUGGCGAGCUGGCUCUCAUGUACAACACGCCGCGAGCUGCCACAAUCGUUGCAACACAGGAGGGCGCCCUGUGGGGCCUGGAUCGAGCCACAUUUCACAGGCUGAUUGUUAAAAAUAACGCAAAGAAGAGGAGGAUGUAUGAGGCCUUCAUCGAGUGUGUUCCUCUCCUGAAGUCACUUGAGGUCUCUGAGAGGAUGAAGAUUGUAGAUGUCUUGGGAGCCCGAGUGUUCAAAGAUGGAGAUUGCAUCAUAACACAGGGGGAGGAGGCUGACUGCUUCUACAUCGUGGAAUCAGGAGAGGUGAAGAUAAUGAUAAAAAGCAAUAUGAAGGCGGGCCAGCAGGACAACACAGAGGUGGAGGUGGCUCGCUGCUCCAGAGGGCAGUACUUCGGGGAGCUGGCUCUGGUCACCAACAAACCUCGUGCCGCGUCAGUUUAUGCUGUGGGAGAAACCAAAUGUUUAGUAAUUGACAUCCAGGCUUUCGAGCGGUUGCUGGGACCCUGUAUGGACAUCAUGAAGAGGAACAUUUCCCAGUAUGAAGACCAGCGGGCGGCUCUGUUUGGCUCCAACGAAUGUCCAACCUCAUACCAGGAAAAAGUACAAUGGAGCCCCACUUGAAUUCAGGAUCCUAACUUGUUUACUUGGAGCAGAUCAAUCUACCCCGACUUCAUGAGAGGGCAGUUGUCUGAUGUCUCAUAACAAUGGCGGCACCCAUGGGAACAGGGUAGGGUGUAUUUGUAGCUUACAGUAUUUGUAUUAGGCAAGUAAAUUAAGGGUUAAGAUACGUUUCCGUGAGUAAAAGCUCCUGAGGCUGCAGCGCUGAGGGUUCAAUUGUGUGUAAACGUGCCAAAUGGACAAUUUUCUUGACAUUAGCCAAGUUUUGUUAACCUUUGGCAUUGUGCACAAGGAAUGCUGGGAGAUCAGAGGUUGGAAAUUUAAUUCAGGACAAUUGGACCUCCAAUGCUGACUGGAACGCAGCAUGUCACCAUAACCCCACAUUUUUACAUUUUUGUUUUACCGACUCAGUUGGCAUUUCUUGAGAAAAUAUAGCUGAUUUCACGCAGACCCCUCAGGAGCCACAAAAGGCUAUUUACAACACGUAUGCAGAGUCCUUCCUGAGACCUGUUGAAGACACAGAUGGGUAAAAUCAGUAGUUUCAAAAAUGUUAAAAUUACACUUUAUGAUCAAGGUUUCAUGAGGACACGCUUCAGCACCGUCAAACUAAAAUACAGUGGAACCAAUAUAUACCAUAUAUGAACAUUUGUUAUGCAGCUGAGAUGUUAAUUCUUUCGCAACUUUAGCUUCCAAAUUAUAUGCAGAAUGUUUUAUAAUUGUUGUUCACAUACACACAAUUCAUGUUAAUGUGGUCAAUAACUUAAUACAAAGUGCCAAUUUCCAUUUGCACUCAAACUUUUAACAAACCUUCUGUUGUUUGUGUAAACCUUUGUUUUAAAGCAUGAAGUGGGUGUAACUUUGUUUUAAAUGGCAUGACUUGAGUGUUGAUGUUAGUGAAAUCUCACAUUACAUGAAGAGCUUGUUAAAAAGGAACAUUCUACCAGAUAGAACACCACAUAAAAAAAUAAAGGAUUAUAUCUUAAAUAUUCAA